UUUUUUUUAAUUGGUUUGGCGCAGUUUUCACAAGCAAUUGGUACAUUUUCAAAACUCUCCGUACUUAUAUCACAACAGAUCAUCAAAAGUGCACCUUUUUCAAACAUUUCAGCAUAUUUCCAAUUGUGUUAGUACAAUACACAUAAUGACAAAAUAUCCCUUUCACUACACAAAAUAAGUGUUUCAUCUAAAUAAAUGUUUCGUUCACAGUUACUGCCUUUCAUAAUGUUAUCACUAUAAAAUUUUUGAUUUGCAUCUCUUAUCAUUCAGUUUAAUACAUUUGUCUGUCAUUCAAUUCAACUGAUCUUAAUGUUUAAUCAAUGAAUCAUUCAUUAUGUCCAUGGAUUUUCAACUUGACUGAUUGUUGUCUGGUCAUUUGUAAGUUACACAUUGCUGCAAGAGCUUUCAAUCUAGAAAUACUAAUUGCUAAUUGUUUCCCCCUGAUGAUCACAAUUAGUUACCAUAUAAGUAGAACUGUGUUUGAGACUUUGCACUGUUCAAAUAUGGAGCAGGAUAGACUCGUAGGGAGAGGAAACCUUCAUCGGAGAGGUGGUGGUGCUCCUCGACAGAGAGGUGGGCACAGACAAAGAGAGAGAGGUGGUGGUGCUCCUCGACAGAGAGGUGGUCUUCAGAGAAAUGUAGGCAGAAGACAACGCACCAUCAUCUCUAAUGAUGUCCGGGCCAUCAUUGUUGACCAUGUGGUUAACAGAGGCUUUACCAUGGCUGAGGCUGCCAGGUUGGUACAGCCUAAUUUACAAAGGUCAACUGUCAGCUCUAUCAUCCAAACUUUUUGCCAAGAAAACCGAAUUAACAGGAGACAACCUGGUGGUGGUCGCCCACGUGUUUUGACUGACCAGCAGGAGUUGGCUGUGGUGGAAAUGGUCAGGGCAAGGAAUGACAUAAGGCUGUCUGAAAUCAAACAGGCUAUUGAGAACAGCAAUGACACCUUUGCCAAUGUGCCAUCAAUUAGCCUUCCAACGAUUGCCCGGCUUUUGAAGAAGCACCAGCUUUCCAUGAAACAAAUUUACUUGGUUCCUUUUGAGAGGACCAAUGUCCAGGUGAAACAACUGCGUUCAGAAUAUAUUCAGAGGGUGAUGGAGCUGGACGCUGCUGUGAAUCAUCACAAGUAUAUUUUUGUUGAUGAGGCCGGUUUCAAUCUGGCAAAAACUAGACGCAGAGGACGUAACCUUAUUGGACAAAGGGCUACCAUCCAAGUCCCUGGACAACGUGGGGGAAACAUCUCAAUGUGUGCAGCUAUAUCUGAAGAUGGUGUGGUAGGCUGUAGACCAGUUCUAGGGUCAUACAACACUGAACACCUGAUAGUUAGGUUUUGUUUUGUUUUUUUUUAAAUGAACUGGAGUAGGCCUGUCAGGGAGAAGACAUCAUCUAUGUUGUUGUGUGGGACAAUGUCAGCUUCCACCAUGCACAGUUGGUUCAGGAAUGGUUUCAAACACAUCCUCGCUUCAUGACCCUCUAUCUUCCACCAUAUUCCCCUUUCCUCAACCCAAUUGAGGAAUUCUUCUCUACAUGGAGGUGGAAGGUGUAUGAUCGCCAUCCCCAUGAGCAUGUCUCCCUUCUUCAAGCCAUGUGUGAAGCUUGUGGUGAUAUAACUGCUGAGCAAUGUCAAGCCUGGAUUCGUCAUGCCAGGAGAUUUUUCCCACGGUGCCUGAACAACGAAGACAUCCACUGUGAUGUUGAUGAAAAUUUAUGGCCCAAUGUUAAUGACCGGCUUGAUUAAUUGUGUAAAAGUGAUAAGAAUAAAAUAACAUAAAAAUAUAUUUUGCUUAUGUAAAUGACUUGUUUUUUUUUCUCCCUUUUUCGUGUGUGUGUGUGUGUGUGUGUGUGUGUGUGUGUAUAUAUAUAUGUGGGUUUUUUUUAUGUCUGAACAUAAGUGUAAUAUUUGCUGUGUACAGUUUUACAGUUCAGUUACACUCAUUCAUCACCAAGGACAAUUUGAAUCGCUUACCUUGUAUUAUUUGCUCCUGAAUGAAAUGAUUGGUAAAAAUACUAAGUUGAAAAAAGAGCUUACUGUUUUGUUUGGGUGAUUAAAGCAAAUGUUCUCAAAAUAUAUCACAGUGAUCAUGUGUUCUGAUACAAUGAUUACGUGGAAUGUAAAUAUGUGCAAAUGCAAUGAAAUCAUGACAUCAGAUUUAAAAGAAUGACUAGUGGUGUUACAAAUGUGAUCAAAUGUGAGUUUUGUACUGAGAGAUUUGAAAAUGCACACUUUAGUUAUGAAAAUAGUGCCAAACCAAUUUUA